UUGACCUUCUGUUUUUGUUUGUUUCUCUUCCACUUUGUAGGUUUUGUUGACGUAGAAACCCCAACAUUGUUUAGAAAAACACCAGGGGGAGCCAAAGAGUUUGUGGUUCCGUCCAGAGACCCGGGUCGUUUCUAUUCCCUCCCUCAGAGUCCUCAGCAGUUCAAGCAGCUUCUAAUGGUGGCUGGGAUUGACAGGUACUUCCAGAUAGCUCGGUGCUAUCGAGAUGAAGGCUCCAAACCGGAUCGGCAGCCCGAGUUCACCCAGGUCGACAUCGAAAUGUCUUUUGUGGACCAGGCGGGCAUCAUGUCCCUGGUGGAAGGUUUGUUGGAAUACUCGUGGCCUGCAGAGAAAGGCCCGCUCCCGCUUCCUUUCCCAUGCGUGACGUAUGAAGAGGCCAUGAGGGACUAUGGGGUGGACAAACCUGAUACCAGAUUUGGCAUGAAGCUGACGGACCUCCGAGACGUUUUCCUGUCCACCGAUAUCGGUUUCUUCAAAUCGGCUGUCAGCAAAGCGGGAAGCUCUGUUUUGGCCAUCUGUGUGCCCAGGGGAGCACAACUAUUCACGGGGAAAGAUUUAGAAGAACUGAAACAAACAUCCAAGACUCAUUUUAACCAGGUAAGAGGAUGAUUGGCGGUUGCCUGUGA